CGCACAGAAACCUUCCAUUUGGUGGACCGAGAAGAGUGACAGAGAGAGAGAGCGAGAUCUGACCGGCAACCCGGCGGGUGGGUUCGAUGUGCGUGGAGGCGCAACCCGCGUCGUGUCCACAUCACCGUCCCCACCAUCAUCGCUAACCGGCAGCAUUAAUUAUGCUCUCAACGAAGAAGCUGUUCACCGAGCACCUGCUAACGCUGGUGCUCACGCUCAGUCUGCUGAGGAUCGAUCCCGACCAUUACCUGGAUCUACAGUGGGGUGGCCGAUUGGCACGGGUUGGGGAUGCCGGUGGAUGGCAGCUGGAGCUGUUGGCCGCCGCUCCCGACUACUCGAACCAAUCGUACGUAAGCCGUAAAUUCUUGCCACCACUCAUCGAGAACCUUUCCCGAUUCGAGCAGCCCUUUAUCGAGCAGAAUUACCGUGGGCUGCAAACGUACCUGCUGAACGUCCUGAAUGCCACGGAAGAUGCCGGUUCCACGGCCAGUACCAUCGCGGAAGAACGUCCCACGUCACCGGUACCUUCGGUGGGCUCGGUUACAACCGGAACCGGACAUCCGGUGGUGGCCCACAACGCCACGGUGAGCUCAUUGACGAACUUCGACGUGGAUGCGGAGGACAUCUUUCUCAGCACCAACCUAUUCGAGGAGACGACGUCGGUGUUUGAGCAGAAUAUGGCCGAUUUAAGCGAGUACGAUGCGGUGGCGCUAGAAUAUCCCACACUUAAGUUUGAUGCUGGAGCGGCCCUGCCGGAUCUGGAGGGCACCAUAAUGAGGGCAAGGUCACUGAUGAACGAGGCAAACAAGAAGCUAAACGUCAAGCAGGAGGACGAAAAGGCCACCACGAGCAGCACGACGACGUUGGCCACGGUUGGUGGAAGUUCACCGAGAAAUGGGACACGUCCGGAUGAGGGAGAAGAAGACGAUAAGAAGACCGUGCAGCAGCAGAUCAAGAAUAUCCAGCAGAAGCACCUCGUUAGCACGGAUUUGGACAGCACCACCGAGGUGACGGUGAAAGAGGAGCCAAUUGCGCACAACGACACCGCAUCUGACACCGUGACACAGGAUCUAACGCAGGAGGAAAUGGAUCUGAUCGAGGUCCUCUGGAAGCAGGAUGUCGAUCUCGGCUUCACGCUCACCAAUGCGGCACUUUCCACCACAUCGCAGGGAACGGGAACGUCGGACCCAGCAUCGGCCACCAGCAUCAAGUGCGACAGCGAGGACGAUCUGGAGAAGCUAAAGGUGCUGCUCGAGAUCAAAAAUGAUAAGAAUGCCGACAACGAGAAACAUCGCGAUUCUGCCGAUGACAGCAGCCUGGUGGAUCCUUGGGCCGGUCUGUCCUACACAAUCGACACGGAAACAGGCGAGUACGUCCUUAACAGCUCGGACAUCGACAACAGCCUGUCGACACCACUGGCGGAUCUGUUUCUCGAGGAAGGCCUAACACUACCGGACCUUGGCGAAGCAGUGGAGGACACUAUCGCCGAAAGCAAAUCGUCAGGCGACAGCGAACACCUCCAGCAACAAGAACAAGCGGAUCGCGAGGUAAAACGCAUCGAACAGGAACUGCAGCAGGUCUCAGUGGAUGAGAUUUGUCUAGGAGCGGCUUCCGGUUCGUCGAGUACCGAUUCCAGCAGUACAAGUGGUGUCGGUGCGACCGCGCUGAACGAUACCGACGAGAUCCUUGGUUCCGCGGUUACCGAUUCUACGGUGAACGUGACGACGUCCGACGACGGCCUCGAAGUUCCACCGGUGCCCGAUGAUCUAGAUGAUCUGCUGUGCGACAUGAUGAUACAGACGUCGUCCCACUUCCAGCAUACGCGCCAGAACACGCAAGGCUACGGCCAUGGCGCCAUGACCAGUUUCCGGCAGACGACGACAGGUGGCUCCGGUUACCAUCAUCAUCAUCACCAUCAUCACCAUCACCAUCAGCCCCGCGUACCAUUGAGCCGAGCAGUUUCGAUGGAACAGCGCUGGCAGGAUCUAGCGAAUCUGCUCAGCUUCCCACCCGGUAUGGGUGUCGGGAUGGGAGUUGCCGACAUGCCACCAUCGCACCCAUCUCAUGCCCACUACCCAUCGCAUUACCCCUCGUAUCAGCCCACCGGAGGAAUCGCAGGACCUCAGCAUGGCCAGUAUCACCAUCCGUCACAUGCCGCCGUACUGCAGAAUGCUUCACUGGCCGAUAUUUCACCGGCACAGCCACAUUACGGUGCAAACCUCGGAUCGGCGGUCGCCACCAGCAUGCACCUCACCAACUCCACAUCUGAGACGGAUGCUGGCACGUCCGGGUACAAGAUGGAUCCGGACAUGAUGUACUACUCGAACUCCUCGUCGGAAAUGAACCACACCGAUGGCUUUUUGAAUUCCAUUCUGAACGACGAAGACCUCCAGCUGAUGGACAUCGCCGUCAACGAAGGUAUGUACACGAUGCGCAUGCUGGAACAUAAUGGCACACCCGGUGGAGUUAACAACAGCGGAACGGCAGCGGCAGCGGCUUCAGGAAUGCUGAGUGGUGGAGUUGUCCCCACAGGUGCCGCCUCCAACCUCGUGAACCAUGGAGCACAUCCGCACCAUCAUCCCCAUCAUCAUCAUCACCUGUCGCUGAUGUCGGCGGCUAGCGGUGGGGGUGGAAUUGGUGGCCAAAAUGCCAUGAACGUGAGCGCACUAGUCAAUGGAACGGGUGGAGCAUCCUCGGUGGCUGCGGCUACGACGGCUGCUUCCGGUGCGACAUCCGGUGGAGCGGCCGGAGAUCGGUUGGAUGCAUCCAGCGAUAGUGCCGUCAGUUCGAUGGGAUCCGAGCGGGUGCCCUCGCUUUCCGACGGCGAGUGGGGUGAUGGUGGAAGCGACAGUGCCCAGGAGUACCACAAUGGCAAGUACGGUGGACCGUACGACUACAGCUACAACCAAACGACCGGCGGUGGACCGGGUGCAGCGGCAGCGGCAGCUGGCGGUGGGAGACUGGUGGGAGGUGGUGAGCAUGGAGGCCGCCCAGGACCACCGGUGGCCCAGAAAAAGCACCACAUGUUCGCGAAACGCUACUUCCAGGAGCAAAACACGACCACAACCGGUCCGGCGGCGAUGCAUCCAUCGUCGAAUGUGACUGGAGCUGGUCCGGGACUGGAUGGAAGUGGUGCUGGAGGUGGUGGUGGUGGUGGUAGUGGCGCUGGUGGUGGAGGUGGAGGAGCAGGUGGAGCCACCGGAGGGGGUGUGUUGCUUCCGACGGCGAUUAAAUACGAGUACGAUUACAUGAACGUGGUCGUGGGUCCGUUGGAAGGUGCGGGAGCAACAGGAGGCACCAAGCAGGAGCAGCAGGAUCACACGCAUCCAGGACAUCUGCAGGGUCACCAUGGCAAUCACCACAAUGGAGCGGCGGCAGCAGCAGCCGCAGCUGCUGCCUUAACCGACCUGAAGUAUCCUUACGGGAUCGAGUUCCCACGUGGAGCAGGCAACGGAGGACACCACGGAGUGUUGCAACCCCAGGACAUGGUGCAUCACAACCACACGUACACGCUACCAUUCGCAACACCGGCCGCAACUGGUGGACCGGGAGCUCCGGGACAGCCGGGUGUAAAGGUACAGACGCGCGAUCGUACCCGUUCGUUGCAUGGUGGCCGCAGGGCGGAAGAGGAACACCUGACACGGGACGAGAAGCGUGCCCGUGCGCUGCAGAUCCCGAUUCCGGUGCAUGACAUCAUCAACCUGCCGAUGGACGAGUUUAACGAGCGGUUGUCGAAGUAUGACCUCAGUGAAACGCAACUCUCGCUCAUCCGGGACAUUCGGCGGCGUGGCAAGAAUAAGGUAGCAGCUCAAAACUGCCGCAAACGCAAGCUCGAUCAGAUCGUUUCGCUGGCUGAUGAGGUGAAGGACAUGAAGCAACGCAAGGAGCGGUUGAUACGCGAUCGUGAGAUCGUCCUGUCGGAACACAAGAACAUCCGGGACAAGUUCUCUGUGCUGUACCGGCACGUGUUCCAGAACCUACGUGACGCUGAUGGUAAUCCCUACUCACAGGAGCACUACAGCUUGCAGCAAAGUGCCGAUGGUGCUGUCGUGCUGGUACCACGUAAUUCCGAGCGACCUUCUGGCGGUGGUGCGACACACCUAAACGGUGGCUCGAGUACGGCCAAUGGUGGACAUCAUCCGACCCUGCAUCAUCCGCUGUCAUCAGCAACGGGCGCUGGUCAUCAGCACCAGCAACAACAGCAUCACCAACAGCAGCAGCAGCAGCAGCAGCAACAACACCAUCAUCAUCACGGUGGAUUGCAGCAUCAUCAUUUAACGCAUCAUUUGCAACAGCACCACGGUCUUCUGGGUGGUGGAGGUGCAGCAAUUGCGGCCGGUGGACCCACGGGUGGUGGUCCGCUUGGUCUGGGUGCUGGUGGUCCAGUGGCCGGAACGAGCGGUAAUGGCAACAGUACCGGUGGAGCGAGCAGUAACGGCACCGGUGGUCCGCUAAAUGGCACGGUACCAAGCGUAACGGUGGCGCAUCACCAGCGCACGAAGGAGUAGUGUCGCUGGGGUCGGUUGGAUCGCUCCUU